AUCACUUUCAGGCACACUGGAGGUAAGCAGUAGAAAAUAAGUAAGGCAGUAAAUGAGGAUGGCUCCCCAGGUCUAUAUGACUAUGUACAAAGAGCAUUUCAGCUCUCCUGGCAGAGCGAAACGAGCAGAACUUCGGCCAACAUCUGCCCACCGCAGGAACAACCCCCAGCCCCGGCCGGACUUUCUGUUUCCCCGGAGUCCUCCGUUCAUCUACAGGUCAAGCCGCACUCAACCACAUCCUUUGCCUCCUGUGGACAUUGGUCGUCCCCUCUUCCCCCCUGUCAGACAUUUGUCAUUUCAUAGUCCUGUUACAACUUGUCCUGACAGCUCUGUAAACACAGGAAAUUCAGGGAAACCACAACACAUUCCCCAUGUCAACCUCUCAGCAGGACAAGCUCUGCCCUCUUCUGACAGACUGCGGAAACUACAGCUGACAGAGCCUCCAUCUGCCACUGACUUGCAGCUCCACACUGCUUUGAAGAACCCCGAGAGGAGAAUGGGUUAUCAGAGGACUGUCCAUCCAGUCUCAGCUCAGCAGCUCAGGCAGCAUGCAGGUGCUCAGCUUCGAACAAGACCCCAAACUAGCCUCCCUCAUGCAGCUGCUCACAACUUUGCACAGACUCGAUACAAGCGGUGUUGUUCUAACAGCACUCUGGAUUAUAGUGGUUGCUACAGCUGCUUCCAUGUGGUGAAGCCCCACCAAGCCGGACACUACAUCAUCCACCCAGAGUUUGUGUCUGAGUGCCUUUAUUAGGCCUAUUAGAGCACAUGGCAUCCAAAGUGGGGAUCUUGGACCUGCAGAGGUCCUUCAGGGGAACCUGCAGGGGAUUCCCUUAGCAAAAUGAAGGAUUGUUAACUUUUGUUUAAUUCUCUGCUAAUUAACCCAGUGAGACGAGGUGUAAGUGUGAAUUAUGUAGGCUGCACCCUUAUCGCUGUUAUCUCCUCACGUACGGCAUGGAAACCGCUAAUCAGCACUAAAUCAGCAGCAAAGAUCUUCCUGAAAGAGUCUUGUGAUGAUGAAAUCCAAUGAGGCCUUGUGGCCUUAAUGUGUUGACUGUGACAUUGCAAUUUUAAACAACUAAUAAAGUAAUCAUUUUCCA